CCAACCAUAAGAAAAAAUGGAAUUCAAAAAACAAGACAAGCCCCGAAGGCACAAAAAGCGGAAGUCCCGAACCCAAGGUACCCUCAUUCUCCCCAUCCUCUCAUCCAUACUAACCCGCGCAAAAGUGUCAUCGGAUAGCGACAGCGACUCUGAAAUCGAAGCCGCUGCAUCGACCUCACCCCAACCACAACCAGAAAAUAAAACAGUAAGACACCCCCCAUCACCCAUCCAAAUCCAUAUUAUUCAUAUCUGAAAAUCCAGACAUCCACGACAGUUGUUGAGAAAAAACCGUCCAAGCUAGAUGAGGAUGCAGAGAUUUCCGUCGCCUUCACAAAGUUCUACAUGCAGCGCGCGACUGUAGAAUUUGCCGAGGACCUAGAUCGUGUGAGAGGCGCGGAGGAUUUUAAGGAUGAGGCAUUAAGUAUCUUGGUUAGUGCUUUGCAGCAGGGUACGGAGGUUUUCUCGCGCGAGGAGCAGCGCCGCAUCGUUAUGGCGGGAAAGAAGGUUGAGGGGUAAUAGUUGGGAGUGAAUUCUCGAAGGACAGCACUGUAUUUUGAGGGCUUGAGAUAGAGGACGUGAGAAGGGGGUGAAAUCUCAUGAGUAGUGAGGGAGGAUAAUUCUGGGAUGAAGAAAUUCUCGUGACUUGUGGUAUACGACUAAUGUACCUCGUAUCUGAAAAUGGUCGUUUUGAAGGACAAGGGCCCCAAGACGAAAGGAGACGUGCUUUGAGUAAUCCA